AUACUUGUUAAAAGUAACUCACUCGACUUAGGCAACUAGCAAAUAUAAAAAGGGAAGAACAAAGAGAACCUCCAGAGUAGCAGACAUUGUUCAAGGUUUUCCUACAAUGUUGUCCUCCAAUCAAUCCCUUCUCCUUUCAGUCCUUCUCUUUGCUCUCAUCUCUUCCACCAUUUCCCGAUCAAUAAUCCGAAUGCCUAGUGCUACCAGCCGCCGAAAUAUCCACGCUGAUGAGAACUAUCUAUAUUGCGACAGCUGGCGAUUGUCCGUCGAGACCAACAACGCCGGAUCCUGGUCUACAAUCCCCUCUUCAUGCGUUAGCUUUGUUCAAGACUACAUGACUGGUGAUCGCUUCAUCUCGGACUCCGAGACCGUCGUAGCAGACUCUCUGGCCUUUGCCUUGACUGUGGGGAUCGUCGGCGAUGGCAAGGACGCUUGGAUCUUCGAUGUCGAUGACACACUGCUCUCCAAUCUUCCUUACUACCAGGACAAUGGAUGGGGAUCAGAACCCUACAAUCAUACUGCUUAUUAUGAAUGGGUGGAUUUGGCUAAUGCUCCUGCUAUACCUCCAAGUUCUUUUUUGUUCAAGGAGCUCAAGAAGCUUGGGUUCACUAUAUUUUUAUUGACAGGGCGCGACGAAUUUCAAAGAAGAAGGAUUUUCAGGCUGGGAAAAGCUUAUCUUGAGGCAGGAAUCAGACCAGGGCAAAAAGGUUGUUCUCUAUAA